AUGACUGUAUCCUCAACCCUCAACUCAGUCUCUUGUGACCACUUCCUCUAUCUACUCGUCUCAGUGCCAGUACUUGUUCCUAGGACUGUAUCAGUUCAGGAGGUUUUACUUAAAAGUAUGAACCCUCACCGCCUGUUUCAGAUUCAAUUUCAAGGGUUUCUGGGCCCAAAUCAGCGCUUACCUUCCACCAACUACUCCCUCGGCUUGGCAACUAAUCUCUGCUACAGAUGA